CCUAAUGGCUCAAUGAUUAACAACUCAAUUCCUUGGACAAAAGAUUCAUGGCCUGCCAAGCUGUGAUGUUCCCCAAUUGAGACAUAAGGGAAGAACAAACCAAAGUGGGGAUUCAUGGAAACCCUAAAUUAAAGAAAUACAAAAAAAAAAUAUUUGGUUGAAAGAGGAAACAAAGAAUCCCCUUCAUCCCUCCCUUUGCUUAUUUUGUGGGACCUCUCUCCUUUAUUCAAAUUCCACUCUUUUUUGUGUAUUUAAAGCAAGCCCAACUCCCACUCCUUAGCUCCCACACCUCUUCAUCUCUCAAAGCUUGCAACUUGCAAAUAUAGAGUUCAUCAAGAGAUAGAUAGAUUUCAAACCCAUUUUCCCUUUUUUGAUUUUGAACCCUUUUGCCAUAGAAGCACACACAUACCAAAAGCCUCAAAUGAAGCUUGCUUUGGUUGUCUCUCUUCUACUUCUUCUACCCUUCUUCCUUCAAAAAGCUCAAGGGAUUCGACCCGAGAAGGGAUUUCUUGAUCAACAUCUGAAAUCUGAUAAGCUAGUGGUGGUGGAGAAGAAGAGCUCAUCAUCACCAUCAAUGGAGGAAAGAAGUAGUCCUAAUGAUCAUGAUAGCAAUGGAAGCGUACUAGUAGUGGGAGAAGAUGGAGUAGUGGUGUGCAAAGAAGGGCAGGAAUGUAAAAAUACAGGCUACGACGGUAUUAUGAACGAUGGAGAGCUCGUCAACCAUGGCACCGAUUCCACAAGUAUAGGUGCCUCAAAGAAAGAUGAAGGCAAAGAUGGCGACACCACGACCACCACCGGAGAAAGAGGCCACGAUGGUGGCCCGGCGAAGAAGUUUCUGUCGGAAGCCCAUUCCGAUAGCAACCACGGCCAUCAUAAUGAAGAGAAUGUUAAUGGCGAAGGCUACAUGGAUAUGAUGGAUGUAGCUGAAAUGGACUACUCAACGGCUCGAAGAAAACCUCCAAUACACAACUAGCUAUAUAUAAACAGUUAAAUUUUUUGAAAGAGUAGUGUUGAUCAAUGAUAUAUCAACCUCACUUCAAUAAUUUAAUUGUUAUAUAGGAAAAUUAUAAAUGUAGAAAUAUGGACAGUUAUAUUAUUCCAAUUUUUUUUAUUUAGGCUUAUUUAUUUUAGUAUAAUAAGAAGCAGCAAUAUCGGGAAAAUUAUAAUGGUAGAAAUACAUACAUUGAAAAUUCGAUUGUUUUCUUAUUUAUGUAAUUUCCUAAUCUCAUAGUGAAGCUCCUGAUGUAAAAUAUUAAGUGAAAAUUUUACUGCACGAGUGUUUCUAUGACUCGAAAUAUAUUUGUUGUUUGAUAUCACUGGAUUAAAAGUAUGGAUUGUGAGCUCAUAAUGGAGAUUAAGCUAGCGAACUUAGAAGUUCAAGGUGUGAUAAAGGUCCAAUAAUUAGAAUUGCAUACAAAUCUUUCUAAACUAUGGUACUCAUGCAUUUUUUUAGUAACUCGUGCAUUCUUUAAUUAACUGAUAUAAUCGAUCAAUCUAGACUAUGCAAGUAUAUACCACAAACCCUACAUACUAUAUGCAGAAUUAUAACUCGCCCAAUUAUUGGAAAAAAAUAAUAUAAAAAAGCUUGAUAUAACGAUGAUUGUUGACGACUUGACGUUGUACUUUCUCUACAUUUUAUAGGAUAAUUGAAAUCUCUGGAGUCUAAAAUCUAUGAUGCAUAAAGUUGGAUAAAGUAGGAGUUUCUGCUGAAUUUGUAGAUUUCACAGAAUCAUAUGAUCAAAUUCCAUUCUCCAUUAUUUUAUUUCCAUUUCCCAGAAGUUGCAUUUUUAUAACGCUAGAAAAUAUUGGGCCUUUUGCUGGUGGGCCCCCAACAUGUUUCACGUAUUGAAUGUUUUGGUGCAGGAUGAGUGGUCAUGUCCAAAACAAUGGUGGGCUCUAAGUGUCUCCGCCCGUUGAGUCAUUUUGAUGUUUCAGUCUCCGAUUGCUCAAAACACUCUUUUUCAUCAGCUGUAGGCUGUAGCCUGUAGGAUCACUAAUUUUACUGAACCUUGAUCGUCCGUCAUGUCGUCCAUGGCCACAAAAUCACAUCCGAGAGUUAACCAGAAAGUUAAAAAAGAAAGAAAGAAAAAAAUGAUCGAGAUUCCCUUCAUAGUUUUUUCACUCCAAGUUCGGUGAAUGCUUGCACCAGCAUUCCCUUUUGCGCAGCUAAGUCCUUCCUGAACUAUGGCGAGCUGCACCUCUGGCAGGAGGACCCUUCUUCUUCUUCAAGAUCCCGGAUCCCGCCCUUCUUCGCCACAACACACCCGACUCGAGCACCGGACAUGUACGCUCUGCACGCCGCCCGCCAUGAUGUCGUUGGCCCGGCUGUGGAAAUGGCCCCUCACCAAGUCCUCGAAGUGCUGCAAACGAGACGUGACACAGGUUUGGUUCCAGUUCUGCAAUCAACCCAUAUAUAUAUAUAUAUACAUACACGAGCACAUAUAAAAAACUGCCACAUCAGCAAUUGAAAUGCUCUGAGCAAUUUCCGAAAGGGCAAUUCUGCCAAUUUGUCCCAGCAGUUUCAAUGAACGGAAAAUUUAAUU